CUCACAGAAGAGGUGGUACGAAAGAAAAACGAAUACACAAAACAUUUGGAUGGCUAUCGGACAUUAAGGGAUCGCUUUGAGGAACAUUAUAUUAAAGCUGGUCGCAGUGGCCGCAAAGUUGAUGAUGUCCGUGAUAAAUAUCAAAAAGCCUGCCGAAAAUUACAUUUAACCCACAACGAAUAUGUACUCUCCAUUACCGAAGCCGUCGAAGUUGAAAAAGAUUUCCGUACCAUACUCCUACCCGGUCUCUUGGAACAUCAACAGUCGGUCCAAGAAAGUUUCAUACUACUGUGGAAGAACAUUUUACAGGAGGCCAGCCAACAUAGUGAUCUAACCGCGGAUAAAUUUAAAGAAAUUCAAAAACGUAUCGAUAAUGUGAUAAACAGUAUAAAUCCAAGUGAGGAAUAUCGGGAAUUUACCGAAAAGCAUAGAACAUCACCCACCACCCCUGUUGUAUUUCAAUUCGAUGAAUCGCUCAUCAAAGACAUCCCUGGCAAAUUACAGUCCAGUACAUUGGCCGUUGAUAAUUUAACUGUCGAUUGGUUGCGUACCAAACAAUUGGAAUUGGAAUUAUUUGUACGAGACUGCCAAGAGAAACAAAUGAAAAUGAUUGAACAUGUCAAUGGUGGUUCGCCCAUAGCAAAUGGUUCGAUAACCUCCAAUGGUAGCAUUAACAGCAAUGGCAUACAAUCGUCAAAGGAAAAUCAAAAUCGCCAAUCGAAGGAUUUGAAUGCCCUACGUUGUCAGGAGAAACAAAAACAAAAGCUAUUGGAUAUGAUCAAGUGUGCCCUUAACGAAGUGGGUUGUGAAGAAUUACCACCCGGUGAUGAUUUGCCAAAUUUCCCCUGCUUUGAACAUAGUGGCUAUAAUAAUGAUAAUCAUCAGAACUCCAAUAACAACAAUCAUACAACAACAAGUGUAAGUAUAUUCAAUGAGUUACGGCGACGCGGUGGUGUUCUCACCCUACUGCGAGGACGUCAUUUCAAACGUAAAUCAACACCCCAGCCGACAACACCGACAGCAGCAGCGCGAGCCAAACGUUUGACCAGUAAAAUGAAACCACGCUCUCAGAGUCUGGGUUCACUAUCGGUAAUUAGUCCCAAUAGCCCUGCAAAAUAUGAGCCUAUUAUUACUAACCUACCCAUGCGCAUGGCUGCCAGUUUUGAAGCUAAUAACAAUCAGGGUUUUAUGCAUGAUUUAAGUGAUUUUGUUAAGGAGCUGACACCGCCACUAAGAUUUGUACCAUCCAAGCUAAGACGCAGCAUGAGCCACGGUUCGAUAUUGAUGCGCAAUGAGCUCAGGGAACAGCACGAGGAAGAUGAUGAAUAUGACGAUAAGAAAUGGUCAUAUAAUAACAAUAAUCAUAUUUAUGCGGAUUUAGAUUUGAAAGAAGAGGAGAAAAAGGAUAUCGGCGUGGAGGAGAAAAAGGAAAUUGCGGUGGAUGAGGCCGUGGAAAAGAAUAUGCAUCCCAAGGAGGACGAAAUCCAAAAUGAAAUAUUGUUAUCGACACUGGGAGAACAGCAACAGGUGGUUAUAGAAAUCAAUGCAAUACCGGAAAGUAUUAAGGAGGAAAUUAAGGCAGAGGAAAAUAAAGAAACCGAAGGAAAGAAAACCAUACUUGAAGAGGAAAAAGAAAAUAGUUCUAAUGGCCAGGAAGUAAUCAUCAAUUCCAAUGGUGUAGAUGUAGAUAAUAAUGAACAAAAACCCAUACCCGAAGUAAUGCAAAAUUCCAUAGAUGCUCAUUUAGAUCGCAUAGAUGAACUGAAUCGUACCUUGGAUAAUCGUCUUAAGAGGACGAUUUCACCACAGGUCACCGAUUUGGAUGCCAUUGAAUCAGCGGAAAUAAUUGAUGUAGUAACACGACCCAUUAGUGGUAAUCCAAAUGACAUCAAACGUAUAUCCACCUCGAGUUCAGAUCGAGAAUUACCCAUUACCAUGCAAAAUGAUAAGAACAAGAAACGAUCAUUAUCCUUCUCACAAAAAUCCAUUAAUGCCAUUUUAUGCAACAUCAAGGAAUUCUCUAAGAGUCCUUUAACCAAAAUGCAUAAAUCCAUGGAUAGUAAAGAUAGUCCGGAAAAAGAGGAUACCGGUUGUUUCAAUUCAAUGAAAACAAAUGGAAUUAAUGAUAAUAAAAGUUCCGAGGGAACUUCAUCCUCAUCCAAUACAUCAUCGUCAUUACAUUCAAAAACCGGUGGGUCAGCCAUUACACCCUCCGGUACACCAAAUUAUCCAGAAACUCAGUUAACCGAUAAUAAUGGUAAUAAUCAAAAUAGCUCUUCCACACUCAGUUCACCAUCCACACACACCGAUCCAUUACUUGAUUCCUCAAGUCAAUCAACAAAAAUCAACACCACCACCACUACAACAACAAACACUGCCAACAUGAAUCCGUCCAAGGACUCAUCUAACUCAAAGCUAAAAUUUAAAGUGCCAAAAAUACAAAAGAAAUCCAAAGCCAUACGACAAACAUUCCGUUCGAAAUUCAUAAAUUUUCAAUUGCGCAAAGGUAAAUUGUGUAAAGUAUGUACGAAACGUCGUCGUAUACAUCCGAGCAAAAGUGUCUUCGAUUUUGCCAAAGAAUUCAAUUUGAAUUCGGAAACAUCAGAAGAUAAUAGCGAAGAAUUUUGUACAUGCCCUCCAGGAUCACCGCAUGUGGCAAAACACCACAAUCGUCAUCACCGGCCAUUUAGCGUUGAUCGCCACUCGCAUGGCGAUGAUGAUGAGGAUGCUGGUGAAUCAAGUGAUGAUGUACUCUCCAUGAAGGAUCAUUGUUAUUGUGUUCCCAGUUUGGCGACAACAUUUAUGAAAAUGAGUAGUACUUCCGGUCAAAGUAGCAACUGCAGUGAUUCGGCAGGAAAUUUCUCGUUGCUAUUCUUUCAUAACUGCCACAAUUUAAAUGGUCCACCAAAACCACCGGCACGCAAAAAGCGUCCAAAAUCAAUAUUUAAU